AUGGCAUCUACAUACUUAAGGCCCGUCCCACCGCCCGAUGGACUCCAGAUCAGGCGAAAGCCCGUUUCCAACCCAAAUCUCAGGGGGACCGCCCUUGCCCAAGCCCCUGGACCAUUGUUACACGCCACAACCUCCCCAUCUUUAGUGCCGCCGCCACUGUCACGGCCUCCAUCUUACAAUGAUUUAUAUGGAGCGGCAUCACCGGCACCCCGACAAGAUACAUCUUUGAGACCACGAACGGCGGGUGCUUCACCUUCAUCAGCACGGCCAUCCCCAUCGUUAUCGCCAUCUCCAACGCUCUCGCCAUCUCCAAGUCCUUCUCCCACAGGCGUGCAGAAGGCAUUUGGUGAAGCCCGUCAUUUUUUGGGUGGUCUGAUCAACCAUCCAACAGAAUCUAACAAACACGUCACUAUUCUCCGUCAUUCUCAUGGCCUCGUUUUCUACCGGGGUAAUUCCACUUCGGUGGCUGUGUCUAUCUUCUCCGAUACUCCCCUGCCACAGGACCGUACGGUCUGGCUACAGAAUAAGGGGUGGUCUGGUAAAACUGGAAUGCGUGCCAAAGCUUUGUUCCGUCUGAAUGAUAGCUGGCUCGAUGUCACACCGGGUAUGCCCCUCCGGGCAGAUCAAGUGAAUCCAGAUGACGAACGCGCCUGGCAGCGGGAUAUCAGAAAAUUCUUAAAAAAGGCGCCCGCACGGCCACGAGAUACCCAUCGACUCCGGGAGACUGUCGUAGUACGCAUUCCCGCCGAAGCUGGCGAUGGAUACUUCCAGCUGGUGCUGUGCCAAGGCAUGAAGAAGAAAGUCCUUGGUAAUAGCCCCGUUUUUCGGGUCAUUUCUACAUCGACAAGCCCCCAUUCCAUCCGUGGUGCGAGCUUGAGCACUCUUCCUCUUGAAGUUGGGGCCAUGGUUGUCAGUUUGUAUGCUCAGACUGCUGCGCAGACGGUCAUGACUCCUGCUACGACGGCGAUAAACUCAAAGUUAAAUCCGUACCGUCCUUCCUGGUUGACACAAGCGGUGGCCCAGAAGGCAUACUCUGCGAGUGGGAUUCAAGAACGAGUCGCGGGGAUCUAUAACGGGUCGUCUGCUCAACCUCUUAAGGCGCAGGGGGAUGGGGGUGUGGUGGUUCCGAACCAUGAAGUGUCACCGGCUGAACUUGGCCCUCAAAAUCCGUUCCCGAUGAUAUUCAAAGCUCGGGGACAAACAGGUCAUUUACCAUCUCCCAGCAGCCCUAGUGAUACUCCCAAGUUAACUCUCACCGACUUCCCUGAUUGGGUUUCGGAGCAGUUACGAGGCUACUUUUUUGGCUGGGCUCGAUUCGACAUGAGCACUGGGAAAGAGAAGUUGACUGGCCCUUGGUGUCCCGCGAUCAUAUCGGUUCGCACCCUCGAUCCCCUCCAAGCGGCUCGGGUCAACAUGUCCCAACUUGCCAGGCAUGUCGUGCAAUUGUGUCUCCUGGAUGAAGUGCCAGUCCAAACGACCAAGGUGGAAAUUCGCGUCAUGGGAUUUCUCCGGAUAGACAUCCCCCCUCCCACCGGUGCUACAAGCCAGGAGCUCGCCGAUGCCCAAGCCGCAGCCGCCGAGGCCGCCAUGCUCGCUGAUGCAUAUGAUGUAUCAGUCGUGCAGAGUACUCUAUCCCACCCCGCCUGGGCCCCAGAGGGUCCGAUGUGGGGUGAAAUGGAUCAACAGAAUACUGGCUGGGUCGACAAAACAAAACAGAGCUACGCAAAUAUACGAGCUCAGGGGCAGAAAUGGGUGGAGCAGGUCCCGUUACAUCGACUUGGUGUGAGGUCUGUUGCGGAUGAGUGGAGAGAGCGACAGGUGGCCGUGAAUGGGUUUUAUAUUGUACGAUGA